AUGAUCUGUGUUCCUGACACGGAUGAUAAUUACCCAAUGGUGGCCUCUGUCACAAUUCCAAAAGAGACGGCUAAAGUGCAAUCUUCGACAACUGAUGUGUCGACAGUCGCUGUUGCUAAGGCUCGGCGUAGUCGACAGUCUGUGCUCAAACGGGAAGGUUUAUUCACACCUGAAAAAAAGACCUCAACGAUGAAAUCUGCCCCACCAAAAUAUACCUAUUCUUCCUCUCUCCCUAAUAAUUAUCACCGAAAUAAUCAAACCUCCCCUUCACUCUUCAACUACCAGAAUCUCAAUGUUUAUGUAGUGGGCAACGUCGGACACCCAAAGGCCCAAAUUGUUCGAGUCGUACAUAUAUCUGACACUAGAGGUGUGGGAGGCUAUUAUGCUAAUGGCUUGCCCAAUGGACAUAUUUUGAUUCACUCGGGAGACUUUCUAGAUGGUCCCCCUGUACGAAAUCGGACUCCCCAUCGAUUGGGCCGGUUGCGGAAAUCACAGACGGAUGAAACAUCCCCCCGUACCGAAAACUGCAACUGGAAAGCGAAGCUGCGUGAAAUUGAUGAGUUCUUCCGGCGACAACCCCAUAUAUACAAGAUUUUCGUUUCUGGAUGUUGGGAUUAUCUCGGGCCUGAUAGGCCUUCCCCGGAAGAAAUUCAAAAGCAUCUUCCUUCAGCAAUCUACUUGGAAGAUUCCUCUUGUGAAAUCCUUGGUCUUAAAAUCUACGGAAUUCCCUGGACUUCAGCGGAUGAUCUUCGACCGGAGGAUGGGAAAUCUCACUUUACGUCUUCCAUUGGGUACUCCAAGGUGAAAUCCAUCAUCCCUCAAUGGCUUCUCUGGCCGUCUGAAUCAUGGUCCAGGAGUCGACGGCAAUCGAAAUGUCAACGAUGCCUUUCUGGGUCGUUAGAGAUUUCUCAAGAAAGUUCUUCAGUAUGGCAUGUUUACCCAAGUUCUGAUAACAACAAUAUAAGUGGCUCGAAAACUGGUGGUUGUGAAUCUGAGUCGUCUUUUUCAAAUUCCUGUUCUUCCUCUUCUUCCAGUUCAUCUUCAACAACUUCCGCCGCUUCAUCCGGUACGACUUCGAAUCUUUGUGAUGGGUUUAUCCUCCCGGAUAUUAAGGCAGUGGAAGAGAAAUAUUCAAGGGUUCCUUCGGAUACCAAUAUCAUCGUCUCUCACAUGCCUGCUUGGCGUCCAGAACUCUAUACUCAUGUGGUGGAACGGAUUCAGUAA